AUGAAUUUGGCUGGCCGAGCAACGAACUGGACAAGUCCCGCAUUAAAACGGUCUACUGUCAAUGCCGGUAAGGGGUUCGGAUGUUCCUCUACUUUCGAUGUCUUCACCAGAUCUGACAAGCGAUAG